AUGGCGCCCCGGGGGCCCCCGCGCGCCCCGAAGGGCCCCGGCCCCGCCGCCCGAGCCCCGAGCCCCGGGGCGCCGCCGCCGCCGCGCUCGCCGCGCUCGCGGCCGCUCCUGCUGCUGCUGCUGCUGCUGGCCGCCUGCGGGGCGGCGGGGCGCUCCCCCGAGCCCGGGCGCCGGGGUCCCCGCGCGCUGCUCACCCGGGCGCCGCCGAGCCCGCCCGCGGGGCGCGCGCUGCCGGGCGGCGGCGGGGACGGGGACGGGGACGGGGACGGGCACGGGGACCGGCAGGCGCGCGCGGAGCCCGGCGCCCCGGGGCUGGGUCCCGCUGCCGCCCCGGGUCCCGGCGACGAUGGCGCCCCCGCCGCGCACCGGGGGCGCCGGGCGCGGGCGGCGCCGGUGGCCGGAGCGGCCUCGCGGGCGCAGGUCUCGCUCAUCAGCACGUCGUUCGUGCUCAAGGGGGACGCGACGCACAACCAGGCGAUGGUGCACUGGACGGGCGAGAACAGCAGCGUGAUCUUGAUCCUGACGAAGUAUUACCAUGCAGACAUGGGGAAAGUUCUGGAAAGUUCUCUGUGGCGGUCCUCUGACUUUGGCACAUCCUACACCAAGCUCACCCUCCAGCCUGGCGUCACCACAGUCAUCGACAACUUCUACAUUUGUCCGACGAACAAGAGGAAGAUUGUCCUUGUGAGCUCCUCACUCAGCGACCGUGACCAGAGUCUGUUCCUCAGCACGGACGAGGGUGCUACCUUCCAGAAGCAGCUCAUCCCCUUUUCGGUGGAAACCCUGAUUUUCCACCCCAAAGAGGAGGACAAGGUGCUGGCCUACACCAAGGAGAACAAGCUCUACGUGUCAUCUGACCUGGGGAAGAAGUGGACGCUUCUGCAGGAGCGAGUGACCAAAGACCACAUGUUCUGGUCUGUAUCUGGGGUGGAUGCUGACCCUGAUUUGGUCCACAUGGAAGCCCAGGACGUCAGAGGAGAGUUCCGCUAUGUCACCUGCCAGAUCCACAACUGCUCGGAGAAGACGCUGACAGCUCCGUUCCCAGGCCCCAUCGACCAUGGUUCUCUGACGGUGCAGGACGAUUACAUCUUCUUCAAGGCCACCUCAACAAACCAGACCAAAUAUUACAUCUCUUAUCGCCGCAGUGAAUUUGUUCUGAUGAAGCUGCCGAAGUACGCACUGCCAAAGGAUCUGCAGAUCAUCAGCACGGACGAGAACCAGGUGUUCGUGGCGGUGCAGGAGUGGUACCAGAUGGACACCUACAACCUGUACCAGUCGGACCCGCGCGGCGUGCGCUACUCUCUGGUGCUAGAGGACGUGCGCAGCUCCCGGCAGGCGGAGGAGAGUGUGGUCAUCGACAUCCUCGAGGUCCGAGGGGUGAAAGGAGUCUUCUUGGCGAACCAAAAAACUAAUGGCAAGGUGGUCACACUUAUAACUUACAACAAGGGCCGUGACUGGGAUCACCUGAGGCCACCCAGCACGGACAUGAAUGGAAAACCCACCAACUGUGAGCCACCGGACUGCCACCUCCAUCUGCACCUGCGAUGGGCAGACAACCCUUACGUGUCGGGCACCGUGCACACCAAAGACACUGCCCCGGGCCUCAUCAUGGGUGCAGGUAACCUGGGCUCACAGCUGGUGGAAUAUAAGGAAGAAAUGUACAUCACGUCAGACUGCGGGCACACCUGGCGGCAGGUGUUCGAGGAGGAGCACCACGUCCUCUACCUGGAUCAUGGCGGCGUGAUCGCAGCAAUCAAGGACACCUCCAUCCCCUUGAAGAUCCUCAAGUUCAGCAUGGACGAGGGCCUCACCUGGAGCACACACAACUUCACCAGCACCUCGGUGUUCGUGGACGGGCUGCUGAGUGAGCCGGGGGAUGAGACGCUGGUCAUGACCGUCUUUGGCCACAUCAGCUUCCGCUCCGACUGGGAGCUCGUCAAGGUGGACUUCCGGCCGUCCUUCUCCAGGCAGUGCAGCGAGGAUGACUAUGGCUCCUGGGACCUCACCGACCUCAAGGGCGACCGCUGCAUCAUGGGCCAGCAGAGGAGCUUCCGCAAGAGGAAGUCCACGUCCUGGUGCAUCAAGGGGAGGAGCUUCACGUCGGCCCUGGAGUCCCGGGUGUGCAGGUGCCGCGAGUCCGACUUCCUCUGUGACUACGGAUUUGAGCGCUCCCCCUCCUCAGAGUCCGAUGCCAACAAGUGCUUUGCCAACUUCUGGUUUAACCCCCUGUCCCCGCCAGACGACUGUGUGCUGGGCCAGACCUACACCAGCAGCCUCGGGUACCGGAAGGUGGUGUCCAAUGUGUGUGAGGGUGGCGUGGACCCGCGGCAGAGCCCAACGCAGCUGCAGUGCCCGCUCACACCGCCCCGGGGCCUGCAGAUCAGCAUCCGCGGUGAGGCGGUGGCCGUGCGGCCCGGAGAGGACGUCCUGUUCACGGUGCGGCAGGAGCAAGGUGAUGUCCUGACCACCAAGUACCAGGUGGACCUGGGGGACGGCUUCAAGGCCGUGUACGUGAACCUCACGUUGACCGAGGAGCCCAUCCGGCACCGCUACGAGAGCCCCGGCGUCUACCGCGUGUCCGUCAGGGCAGAGAACGUGGCGGGCCACGACGAGGCCGUGCUCUUCAUCCACGUCAACUCCCCCCUGCAGGCGCUCCACCUCGAAGUGGUUCCUGUCGUUGGCAUCAACCAGGAGGUGAACCUCACGGCCGUGCUGCUGCCUCUGAACCCCAACCUCACCGUCUUCUACUGGUGGAUCGGCCGCAGCCUGCAGCCGUUGCUGUCCUUGGAGAACUCCGUGACCACGCGGUUUGCAGACACGGGGGACGUGCGUGUGACGGUGCAGGCGGCCUGUGGGAACUCAGUGCUACAGGACUCCAAGGUGGUCCGCGUGCUGGACCAAUUUCAGGUGGUGCCUCUGCGGUUUUCCAAGGACCUGGAUGCGCACAAUCCCAACACCCCUGAAUGGAGAGAGGACGUGGGCCUGGUGGUGACCCGGCUGCUCUCCAAGGAGACCAGCGUCCCCGAGGAGCUGCUGGUGACCGUUGUAAAGCCGGGACUGCCCACCCUGGCCGACCUGCACGUGCUCCCGCCCCCUCCCACACCUACGAGGAAGAGGAGCCUCACAAGCGACAAGAGACUCAUGGCCAUCCAGCAGGUGCUGAAGGCACAGAAGAUCAGCUUCCUUCUGCGGGGCGGGGUCCGAGUGCUGGUGUCCAUGAGGGACACAGACACAGAUUCUCAGAGGCUGGGAGGCACUGGUGGCUACUGGGCAGUGGCGGUCCUCUUGGUCAUCGGACUCUUCGCGGUGGGCGCGUUCAUCCUCUACAAGUUCAAAAGGAAACGCCCCGGGAGGACCGUGUAUGCCCAGAUGCACAACGAGAAGGAGCAGGAAAUGACGAGCCCCGUGAGCCACAGCCAGGGCGUCCAGAGCGUCAUCCAGGGGAACCACUCCGGCGUGGUCCUGAGUAUCAACUCCCGAGAGAUGCACAGCUACCUGGUGAGCUGAUGUCCCCGGAGGCCUGCGCCCGGGACACUCUCCUCUGCGCCGUCUCAUCCCCGGAGGCGCCGGUGCCUGGACCCGCGUCCCCUCAGAGACCUGCGGAAGCGCCACCUCCUCCAGCUGUCCCCACACACGGUGACAGUUGUCCCCUCUCUUCAGCUCACGCUCGCCCAGCCCACGAGACGCACGGGGGGGCCCUGUGGGCCCCCCGACCCCCUGGACACCAGGCCUUUGGCGCCACCCGCUGCCCCCACCCCAACUCUGGGUGUUUCUUUGCCUCUGGCCCCCGCCUGGCUGCCCUGGCUGCUCCACCCUUGCCCGUCACCCUGUCGCCCCAGCCCGAGGCCCGGCCACCCUGGAGAUGGCGGUGAGCCUGCCCGGGCUGCCCGUCACUGCACCGUGGGCCCUGUCCCGGCACAGGGGCUCGGGGGGCCUGCUUCCCUCCUCAUCAGCCCUGGGAGGGCGGCUCCCACCUGCAUGGCCUCCCUCUGCAGCCGCCCUCGCCCUCUGGGACCUGCCCCAGGCCUGCCCCAGGCCUCCCUCCCACUGUCCGCCUGUUUGUAAACUGCAGAUGUUGUAAAUACCUCUCUAGGCAGCUGCUUGCAUUUUGGGGGUGUGCACCCCUUUCCAGGCAGUAGGCACCUGUGUUGCUUUCUCAGAGCCCCCUUCUCGGGACCCCUUCAGGAGGGCCCAGCACUGCUCCUCUGCCUCUCUGGGCUCCGCAGUCUCCCGGGGACUCAGAGCGGCCAGCGCUGUCCCAGCUUUGUCCCCGGUGGCCCUUGGACCACAGGGACCCAGGGCCACCCCUCAUGCCGAUAGCCAGCGGACAGUGUGCUCCCCAGGCUCCCCACCCACCCGCCAGGGUCUCCUCCUCCGGGCAGGCCCUACGCCCAGGGUUCCGAGCUCCCUCACCGUGUGGGUGUGAGGAACCCACGUGGGAGCCCAGGGACCAGCAGUGGUUUCAGGUGGCGGAACCAGAGGGUCAUCCAGGAGGGUACCCCUCAUUCUGAAGGUGGAGAAACCGAAGCCCAGAGAGGGAGUGACUCUCCCAAAGUCACACAGCAGGGCAGUAGCAGAGGUGCCCCAGGGACCAGCCCUCUGCUCCCUGGUGCGCUGGUUCAGCUCAGUCACAGAUGCCUAGAAUCAGGGACGCUAGCCCAAGUCUACACCUGCGAAUAUACGGGGGAGAUGUUCACCUUUUGCCUUGAAACCGGAAGUCAGUAUUCCCCUCCCUUCCUCCCUCCUUCUCCCCUCCCUCCCUCCGCCCCUCCUCCUGUCCCCUCCACGGCAGGGCUCCCCAUGGCCCAGGGCCAUUCCCUAGGAGGUGGGCACAGCAGAGCCCAGGCCAGGAGCUCACUGGCUGCUGGCGAGUCCAGAAUGAGGCCCAGGGGCAUUAACCCACCUCCCCUAGGAAAGGAAGGUGGCGCCUGCAGGAGGGGAGGCCCAGGGCCGAACCCUCACACCCACAGCCGCCCGCCUGCACACAGGAGGCCCUCCAUCUCUGUGUCACAAAUAGGGACUCGGAGACCACAGGGAGGAAGGGAUCACUGUGCCCACACACCAGGCGGUGGAGGCCUCCUUCUUCCCAGGCCCCCUGCUCAGCAGCUGGGGUUCCUGGGUGCCACCCCAGAGGACACCUCUAGGCCCUUCUCAAUCCCCUCCGGGGGAAGGGCUAGGGCCCAAGGACCCGGGGUCAUUGCUGUGAGGUCAGCGUGGGAAGAUGUGGGGAUUCUCGGGACCUUUGCCAUGACCUCCCCUCAGCCCAUGUGCAGUCUCCAAAGACAACAGGGAGCCCUGCAUCCUGCCAUCCACCCCCCCACCGGCCUGCCCCAUGAGCAUCAGACACACAGGAUCAGACACCUGUCCACACCAUCCAGGUCCAAGGUCAAGGUCAGCAUGGAGUCCCCUGGACACGGCCCCCGCCCCCCAGCUCACCAGUGCCUGCGGGUCACCACCCCUUGGACCUUCCUUGACCACUCGACUUCAUUCUCUCUGCUGUUUGGGUUGGUUUUUUUGGGUGUUUUUUUUUUUGUUUGUUUGUUUGUUUCCCUUAGUUAUUUGUGUUUUUCUUGUAUUUUGUUAUUUCUAUUAAGAUUAUUUUGAGUGUGUGGACCCAAGAGCCUGGGAAUAAGGUGGCAUCUGACAAAACCUUACACUUGUCCAUCCCCAUAACCAUAUAGAUCAGCGUGUAGGUCUGUGGAUGAUCUGGUUGUACGUUCGAGGUUCUGCAUAUUUGCUGUGCAGGUGUACGCAGGCGCCUGGGGAUAAGGUGUGGUCUGCGGUGGGCAGCUAACGCUUCACUCGACCGGGCUAGGCCCAUACUUGGUAUAUGCACAUAACAAAGAUGCGAAAAAUUCUUUCUUAUUUUUCCUUUUUAAAAAUCAAUAAAUCAUUUGUGAUGCUUUUAACAAAGAUUAAAUGAAUAUAAUCAGC